UUUUUUUCUGGCAACGCUUCCUUUGGUUCCCCAAAAUUUCCAUUCCUGCAGUUUUUUAAGGUCGGACAUGGCAAUAAGUAUGUGCCGCUACAUGAGAGGAUUAAUCGACGAAUCAAAGAUGGAACUCCAUUCUUUUCCUUAGAGUUUUUCCCUCCUAAGACAGCUAACGGCGUGGCUAAUUUCUUUACUAGGCAUGUUUAUUGUUUUUUGAAGCUUUUUUUGAAGUCACUAUUACGAUUUAGGCUUGAUCGAUUCAAUGAAGGUGGACCACUAUUCGUCGACAUCACAUGGCAUUUGGGGAGUGAUCCAGGUAGAAAUCUUGGUAUUCACUACAUGUUACGCUUAGAAAUUCAAUACCAUUUUUUUCUUGUUGUUUGCGAGAAAAGCGCAAAAUCUGUGCUGAAGGUACCUCUUUCAGCCAAUAUGACGAAAGAGACUUCUUCAUCUUCUAUUGCUGCUGGUUGUCUGGACUAUUGUCGUGUAGAUACUAUGCUGCACAUGACCUGUGCGCAAUACUCAAAGGAACAAACCAUAAAACAUCUGGAACAGAGCAAGUCUGUUGGAUUGAGGAAUAUCUUAGCCUUGCGAGGAGACUUGCCGAAUAUAGAGCGUGAUGAUGCUCCUAUUUACAAGUACCGAGCUUUGGACAUGAUCCGAUGGAUCCGUGAAGAAUUUGCAGACUACUUUACCAUUGGUUGCUCUGGUGAGAUAAUUUGUAAUUAUUUUAUGCGUAUUGUUAUCUUUUCUUUGGAAUUUUCUUUUCUUUUUCUCUGCAUCAUUUUCUUCUGA